AGUGUUCAUCAUUUUUUAAACCAAUAAAACUGAUACAGUUCGUUUACGCAUUUUAAAAUUUGAAAGAAAAAAGAUUAGUAAUUAUCAUGAAACUGUUUUUGAAACCUGUCGAAAAGCAAAUAGAUUUAAACACGGAACACCCUGGCGCUAGUUCAUCAUUAUACUAUAUGUUCGUCGCCGCUUCCAUCCACUUUUUAUACAUUUGAUUUUGAUUCACCAGACAAUGAUUCAGAAGAGCUCUCGCAGAAAAAAAUGCUAUGCUCACAAAUGUAAUUCAUCUUGAG